AUGAAUGCAGGUGAUUCUACCUCACAAAGUUUGAUGGGUGAAUUGGAAGAGAUUGGAGCUGAUAUUUGCUCGGACAUUGAAGUUGAUGAUUUAAGGUGUGACAAUAUUGCGGAAAAAGAUGUCAGUGAUGAAGAAAUUGAAGCAGAAGAUUUGGAGAAGCGAAUGUGGAAGGAUCGUAUCAAACUCAAAAGGCUUAAAGAAAAACAGAAGCUUGCAGCACUACAAGCUGCAGAGAAGCAAAAGCCCAAGCAGACGUCUGAUCAGGCUCGGAGGAAGAAAAUGUCGAGAGCCCAAGAUGGGAUUCUUAAGUAUAUGUUGAAGCUGAUGGAAGUUUGCAAAGCACGUGGAUUUGUGUAUGGGAUCAUUCCUGAGAAGGGUAAACCGGUAAGUGGUGCUUCUGAUAAUAUAAGAGCUUGGUGGAAGGAAAAGGUGAAGUUCGAUAAGAAUGGGCCAGCAGCCAUAGCAAAGUAUGAAGCAGAGUGUUUGGCCAUGGGUGAGGCAGAAAACAGUAGAAAUGGGAACUCUCAAAGUGUUCUUCAAGAUCUUCAAGAUGCAACUUUAGGGUCACUUUUAUCUUCUUUGAUGCAACACUGUGAUCCCCCACAAAGGAAGUACCCAUUGGAGAAGGGAGUUCCACCACCUUGGUGGCCAACGGGAAAUGAAGAUUGGUGGGUAAAAUUAGGACUACACCAAGGUCAGAGCCCUCCUUAUAAGAAACCACAUGAUUUGAAAAAGAUGUGGAAAGUUGGGGUAUUAACAGCUGUAAUAAAGCAUAUGUCACCUGAUAUUGCGAAAAUUAGAAGGCAUGUCCGUCAAUCAAAAUGCUUACAGGAUAAGAUGACUGCAAAGGAGAGUGCAAUUUGGUUAGGGGUGUUGAGUCGAGAGGAAUCUCUCAUUCGACAACCUAGCAGUGACAAUGGAACAUCUGGUGUAACUGGAACUCCUCAAGGUGGACAUGGCCAAAACAAGAAACCUGCUGUUAGUAGUGACAGUGAUUAUGAUGUUGAUGGUGUUGAUGAUGGUGUGGGUUCUGUUUCAUCUAAAGAUAAUAGGAGAAAUCAACCACUGGAUGUGGAGCCAUUGAACAGUCAAAAUGAUGCUACCAAUCCGGUCCAAGAUAAGGAGCUAGGGGAAAAGCAACCAAGGAGAAAAAGGCGCCGUGUGAGGUCAAGUCGUGCUGAUCAACAGCCUCAACCACUUCUUGUUGAUGAUCGUUUGGGUGUGGAGCAGACAAGUACUUUGCCUGAUAUAAACCACACUGAUUUACAGCUAGUUGAAUAUCAGAUGCAAGGCACUCAGCCUGAAAAUCUUACCUCUUCGGCUUUAAGGCCUCUGGAGAAAAGCCUUGUGGGUGAAUCCAACUUACAACAAUCUGACUUUAACUACUAUGCUGGUGUUCCCUCUGCCAAUGCCAAUUCUACGGAGGGAACUUAUGCAGACAGAGGACCUGCCUUUUAUCCAUUGGGCCAAAAUUCAGAGCUGCACCAUGAGAAUACUUACAGUAAUUUCUAUAAUCCAUCACUUGAUUAUGGGACCAAUCAUGAUGAGCAGCAUUCUCAGAUGACAAUGAAUGUCAGGCCAGAGGAUGACCGAUUCCUUUUACCAGCACCGCAUGGAAAUGGAAAUGACUUGACUGGAGUAGAACCGCAUCCUCUUGUCAAAGAUACAUUUUCCACUGAGCAAGAUAGAGCUGUUGAUAGGCAAUUUGAAUUUGACUUGCCAGAAUUUCCGUUUAACAGCCCAUUCCUUGAAAUGAGUUCGUUUUCAUUAGAUAACUUAUUUGUUGAUCCUGACGAUGAUUUGAUCCAAUGCUUUGGUGCAUAG